GGCAGCCUCAGGCUCAGCCCAUGUGAGCUGCCUCCUCCCAAUCACAGCCCACCCUCCCCUGGUCCCAGAGGUUCAAAGAACUGGUGCAGGGUAGAAAAGCACUUGGGGCCAGAGCAGCCUGCCCAGCGGGCCAAAGCAGCACCAGGAGGAGGAGGCGGAGAGGACAGCUUGUGGGAAACCCUGAACAUGGCCAAAGAUGACUCCACUGUUCGUUGCUUCCAGGGCCUGCUGAUCUUUGGAAUUGUGAUUACUGGUAUGUGCGGCAUCGCCCUGACGGCCGAGUGCAUCUUCUUCGCGUCUGACCAGCACAGCCUCUACCCACUGCUGGAAGCCACUGACAAUGAUGACAUCUAUGGUGCUGCCUGGAUCGGCAUGUUUGUGGGCAUCUGCCUCUUCUGCCUGUCCGUCUUGGGCAUUGUAGGCAUCAUGAAGUCCAACAGGAAAAUCCUUCUGGCGUAUUUCAUUCUGAUGUUCAUAGUAUAUGGAUUUGAAGUGGCAUCUUGUAUUACAGCAGCGACACAGCGAGACUUUUUCACGCCCAACCUCUUCCUGAAGCAGAUGCUGGAGAGGUACCAAAACAACAGCCCCCAAAGCAACGACGACCAGUGGAAAAACAGUGGAGUCACCAGGACCUGGGACAGGCUCAUGCUCCAGGACAACUGCUGUGGUGUAAAUGGUCCCUCUGACUGGCAGAAAUACACGUCUGCCUUCCGGACUGAGAACAAUGAUGCCGACUACCCCUGGCCUCGCCAGUGCUGUGUCAUGACCACUCUUCAGGAGCCUCUCAACCUGGAGGCCUGCAAACUAGGAGUUCCGGGUUACUAUCACCAUCAGGGCUGCUAUGACCUGAUCUCCGGACCCAUGAACCGCCACGCCUGGGGGGUUGCCUGGUUUGGAUUUGCCAUUCUCUGCUGGACUUUUUGGGUUCUCCUGGGUGCCAUGUUCUACUGGAGCAGAAUUGAAUAUUAAGAAUAAAGUGUCACCAUUAUAUGACCUUCCCCCUGCAACUCUGGAUUUGGUGCUGGAACUGCUGUCCCCUGAUCGUCCACACUUGCAC